CUCGUGAAGCCGUCCACUAUAAAUUAGGCCGGUGAGCGUGAGGUGAUCAUAACCUGCACAAGAGCACACAGGGUUACAUCUAAAGAUCAAGAAGACUCAGACAUGAAGCCAUACAGCAUCGCAGCCAUCGGCGUUCUCCUCUUCGCCUUCUGCUCAGUGACCGUCAGCCAGAAUGGUCACAUGCCUGAGAGGUGUUGUUUCAAGGAGAACUACCUCACUUCAGCGCUCCCUCAACGCAGAGCUAUGAGGUUUGAGACCACAAGCCCUUCAUGCACCGACCCCGGCAUCAUAUUCCACACAGUUGCACAGAAGCAAAUCUGUGCUAAUCCAUCUGAUAAGUGGGUGAAGAGACUGAUGAAAUUUCUGCAGAAACAACUGAAGAGCGCUGCCACAGAGUCUGGCUCUGGGGACAGCACUGACCCCUAAAGGCUCGUCUAUAAGCUAACAGAGUGGACACCGUUCUCAAACUCUUCUGUUUUAUUGGACUCUUCCGUAGUUGCUUUGCAACCAGUCAUACUUGUGCAAAUUGCUUGUAUAUUUUAACAUACAUUGUUGGUCAAUAUACACAACCUUUCUGACUUUGUUUAUCAUUUUAUAUAUAUUUUAUAUAUUUUAUUAAAUAUAUUUUUUAUCAUUUUC